AUUUACAUUUUAGUCAUUUAGCAGACGCUCUUAUCCAGAGCGACUUACAGUUAGUGAGUGCAUACAUUUUUUCCCCCAUACAUUUUUUACAAUAACAAUUCACUCAGUCAUUGUUUGUAAGCCAUUAAUGUAGUUCAUUCAACUUAAACAAUUUCCUAUGAGACAACACAACUAUUCAAGGAACUAACAACCUUUUUAAGGACCCUCCGGAGGCGCAUGCCACUGGCUCGCAGCCUGUCCAUCACCUCCCUGUCGGGGUUGGAGGAGUGGGAUGAGGAGUUUGACCUGGAGGAUGCCGUCCUCUUCGAGAUCGCAUGGGAGGUGGCCAACAAAGUUGGUGGGAUUUACACAGUGAUCCAGACCAAAGCCCGUCUGACGGUGGAGGAAUGGGGAGAAAACUAUUUCCUGGUUGGUCCGUAUGUGGAGAGUAACGUCCGCACCCAGGUAGAGCUGAUCGAGCCCACCAACCCUGCCCUCAAGAGAGCCAUAGACAAGAUGAAUUCCAGCGGAUGUAAGGUGUACUUUGGUCGUUGGCUGAUUGAGGGCAGUCCGUACGUGGUGCUGAUAGAUGUGGCAUUCACUGCCUGGAACCUGGACAAGUGGAAGAAAGAGUUGUGGGACAACUUCUCCAUCGGGGUGCCCUGGUUCGACCGUGAGGCCAACGACGCCGUCCUCUUUGGCUUCUUGACCGCCUGGUUACUAGGAGAGUAUGCAGCGCAGUGUGAGGAGCCUCCCCAUAUCCUGGCCCAUUUCCAUGAGUGGCUGGCAGGCCUGGGCCUGGCGCUAUGCCGACAGAGACAGUUGCCCGUGGCAACCAUCUUCACCACCCACGCCACCCUGCUGGGACGCUACCUCUGUGCCGGCAGCGUGGACUUCUACAACAACCUCGCCGGUUUCAACUUGGAUAAGGAGGCGGGGGAUAGACAGAUCUACCAUCGGUAUUGUCUGGAGCGGACAGCGGCGCGCUGCGCUCAUGUCUUCACCACCGUCUCCCAGAUCACAGCCGUUGAGGCAGAGCACCUGCUCAAGAGGAAACCAGACAUAAUCACCCCUAAUGGGCUGAACGUGAAGAAGUUCUCUGCCAUGCAUGAGUUCCAGAACCUGCACGCACAGAGCAAGAACCGGAUCCAGGAGUUCAUCAGAGGUCACUUCUAUGGGCACCUGGACUUUAACCUAGACAAGUGUCUGUUCCUGUUCAUCGCUGGGAGGUAUGAGUUCAGCAACAAAGGGGCUGAUAUCUUCUUGGAGGCUUUGGCCAGACUCAACUAUCUACUGAGAGUCAACCACAGCGAUGUGACUGUUGUUGCAUUCUUCAUCAUGCCUGCGCGGACAAACAACUUCAACGUGGAGACGCUGAAAGGCCAAGCAGUCAGGAAGCAGCUCUGGGAUACAGCUCAUACAGUGAAAGAACGCUUCGGAAAGAAACUUUAUGAAUCACUGCUGGUUGGGCAGUUGCCAGACGUGUCCAAGAUGCUGGACAAGGAUGACUUCACCAUGAUGAAGCGUGCCAUCUUUGCCACCCAGAGGCAGUGCCAGCCUCCCAUCUGUACCCACAACAUGCUGGAGGACAGCAACGACCCCAUCCUCACUUGCAUUCGCCGCAUCGGUCUGUUCAACAGCUCUGCCGACCGCGUCAAGGUGAUCUUCCACCCAGAGUUCCUCUCCUCCACCUCUCCCCUCCUGCCGAUGGAUUAUGAAGAGUUUGUAAGAGGCUGCCAUCUUGGAGUGUUCCCCUCUUACUACGAACCAUGGGGAUAUACACCAGCUGAGUGUACAGUCAUGGGGAUCCCCUCAAUCUCUACCAACCUUUCUGGGUUCGGCUGCUUCAUGGAGGAACACAUAGCUGACCCCUCAGCAUACGGAAUCUACAUCCUUGAUCGACGGUACAGAGGGGUUGAUGAGUCGUGUAAUCAGCUCACAUCGUACCUGUUCCAGUUUUGCCAGCAGAGCCGGCGUGCCAGGAUCAUCCAGCGGAACCGCACCGAGCGCCUGAGUGACCUUCUGGACUGGAGAUAUCUGGGCAGGUAUUAUAUAUCAGCUCGUCACAUGGCCCUGGCUAAAGCCUUCCCGGAUACCUACUUCUACCAACCUCAUGACUCUGAGACUGCCCAAGGUUUCCGUUACCCAAGACCGGCCUCUGUGCCCCCAUCUCCGUCUCUGUCGCGCCACUCCUCCCCCCGCCACAGCGAGGCAGAAGAAGAGGAUGACCGCUAUGAUGAAGAUGCGGAGGCAGAGAAAGACCGCUUGAACAUCCGCCAGCCCUUCACCCUGCCUAGUAAAAAGGGUCCAGCCUUGCCUUACACCCUCCCAGGUGUCAAUGGAGAGAAAAACGGAGCCCCCAGUGUGAAAAACUGAGUGUCUCUCUCACAUACACACACAAAUGUACACAUGCCGACACUCCCUACAAGAACUGUUACACAACAUCCAUGUUACAAACACACCACUCUUAUCUUGACUGUCUCCACUUAUAUAAUAUAGAUCCGACAACUGCUGAAGAGAUGAGCUAUUACAGUAUUCCAGUAUAUGUUAUUAAUCCAGCACCCCGAAAGUCUUCCAAACCUCUGUGCACCUCAGCGUGUGUGAGCAACCUGUACUGAAAUGGAGGAAGAGAGGGAAAGGAAAUAGAUGGCUAGCGGGGUGACAUUUCCUUGAGUUAAAAAGCCCAGCAUUGAGAUAACAAAGUGGGGUAACUUUGAGUAUAUAGGAGGGUUACCUCUGGUCAAUAAUCUAGGUUAUCUCUGGUCCACAGGAGGCUGCUGAGGGGAGGAUCAGCUGGAAUAAUGGCUGAAACCAUGUGUUUGAUGCAUUUUAAUACCAUUCCAGGUAUUCUGCUCCAGCAUUUACCACGAGCCCUUCCUCCCCAAUUAAGGUGCCACCAACCACCUGUGCUCUGGAUUUAUGAAAUCCAGCCAACAUUGCUAGUGUAGACUAACAUUAGUUGUAACUAAGGCUAAGAGAACCAUAUGAUAACCAGUGGAUAAAGAAAGUAGGGCUAAUUAGUCUUGCUAACAAGGGCAAAGGCAUUGACCCACUAUGUCAUAGUCACACAACCAACCCAACAGCAGGACUUUUCCUGUCGCACUGUAGCAGUAACAGAAACCUGUUCAAACAGCAGCAGCACUUUUCCUGUCGCACUGUAGCAGUAACAGAAACCUGUUUAAACAGCAGCAGCACUUUUCCUGUCGCACUGUAGCAGUAACAGAAACCUGUUUAAACAGCAGCAGCACUUUUCCUGUCGCAGUGUAGCAGUAACAGAAACCUGUUUAAACAGCAGCAGCACUUUUCCUGUCGCACUGUAGCAGUAACAUAAACCCAACCACCAGCAGCACUUCCCUGUGCUAGGAAACAUAUAAGCGACACUUAGAGCUGGGCCCAUAGAGUGAGACUAGAUGUUAUAUAACCAGUUUUAUUUGCAUGGACAAUGCCAUUGACGGCUUCCACCACAGAUACAAAGAUGAGUCCUCUAUCUAACUCUAUGGCUGAGCCUCAGAACGUCCUGCUGAAAAGCCUCCUGCUGAAACAGGCUCCCAUUCGUUCAGAGAUUCAGACCUUUCUGUGGGUGUGUUUGUCUCUGAGCCUUGUACUGUACUUGAACCGGCAAGCCUGUGUGUAAAAACUGUCGAUAGGUCACCUUUUAACCUUUCAGUCAGUGAGCCAGUGUUUGAGUGUUUUUCUUUGUGUGUGUGUGUGUGUGUCAGUAUGUAUGUUUGUGACGUAUAGAGAUGGAACACUGAUUCUGCCUGCACUCUGAGGUUUAGGUAAAAGGUGGGGCGUCCGUCCUGAGAAGCUAGUCGUGUUUUUAGAUGACAGACUGUAUUAGAGGAGCAAAGGGAAAGGGUCACAGAUAAUGGCAGGGGUCACAGUUUUGAGUGUAUCCCAUUCCCAGCUGUGCACACCCAGAAAACAGGAAAUGAGUUGAUCCAGUUUGUUUGUGUUACAAUCACACACCAGAUGAUGAGAAAAUAAAGUAUAUUCUCUGUAUUAAUGAUGAAA